CGGUGUCGUCUUCUACAUUUUGGUGUUUGUCUUGUCUGUUCCAUAAUACAGUAUAAUUCUCCAUUUUCCAUUUCCAUAAAUAUUUAUAAAUUCCUGAGCCAAACACACUCUUCCAUUUCUCUUAACUAUAUAACCACCACCACUUACUUCUCUCUCUAGAUCCUUCAAUUUCACUCUCAUCCUUAAACCUCUGUUUGUUUCCAGCUGAAUUGAAUUUGUAUCAGUAUCUAUGGCGACCGGAGGAGCUGUACCUGCGUCUUUUACUGGUUUAAAAACCAGAGAAUCAUCAUCGUCCAGCACCUUAGGGUUUGUUAAGAGCAUUGAUUUUGUCAGACUAUCUGAUAUGAAGAGAGUCAACUCCGGCAAAAAAAGAAUCUCUAUGAAUAUUCGAAAUUCCUCUAAUCCUGAAAUGAUUGAACUUCAACCUGCUUCUCCUGGAAGCCCCUUGUUAGUGCCUAGGCAAAAGUAUUGUGAAUCAAUUCACAAGACUGUCCGGCGAAAAACGCGAACAGUUAUGGUUGGAAAUGUGGCGCUUGGUAGUGAUCAUCCUAUUCGGGUUCAGACCAUGACUACAACGGACACCAAGGAUGUUGCUGCAACUGUUGAGCAGGUGAUGCAAAUAGCGGAUCAGGGGGCAGAUUUAGUUAGGAUAACUGUUCAAGGGAAGAGAGAAGCUGAUGCUUGUUUUGAAAUAAAGAAUUCUCUUGUGCAGAAAAAUUACAAUAUUCCGCUUGUUGCGGAUAUUCAUUUUGCUCCAUCAGUUGCGUUAAGAGUUGCUGAAUGCUUUGAUAAGAUUCGUGUAAAUCCAGGAAAUUUUGCUGAUAGGCGUGCUCAGUUUGAGGAGCUAGAGUAUACAGAAGAUGACUAUCAGAAAGAACUUGAGCAUAUUGAGCAGGUUUUUACUCCAUUGGUUGAGAAAUGUAAAAAGUAUGGAAGGGCAAUGCGUAUUGGAACUAACCAUGGGAGUCUUUCAGAUCGCAUCAUGAGCUACUAUGGAGAUUCUCCUAGGGGAAUGGUUGAAUCUGCAUUUGAGUUUGCAAGGAUAUGUCGGAAAUUGGAUUUCCACAAUUUUGUAUUUUCAAUGAAAGCCAGUAACCCAGUCAUCAUGGUCCAAGCAUAUCGUCUACUUUUAGCAGAAAUGUAUGUUCAGGGCUGGGAUUAUCCCCUGCAUUUGGGUGUCACUGAAGCUGGAGAAGGUGAAGAUGGGCGUAUGAAAUCCGCAAUUGGUAUUGGGACUCUUCUUCAGGAUGGUUUGGGUGAUACAAUCAGAGUAUCGCUCACAGAAGCACCGGAGAAGGAGAUAGAUCCUUGCAAAAGGUUGGCUAACCUUGGUAUGAGAGCAUCUGCAGUUCAACAAGGAGUGGCACCAUUUGAAGAAAAGCACAGACAUUAUUUUGAUUUCCAACGCCGAUCUGGUCAAUUACCAGUUCAAAAGGAGGGUGAAGAUGUGGAUUACAGGGGUGUCCUGCACCGUGAUGGCUCUGUUCUAAUGUCAGUUUCAUUAGAUCAGCUAAAGGUACCUGAACUCCUAUACAAGUCACUUGCAGCAAAGCUCGUUGUUGGAAUGCCUUUCAAGGACCUCGCAACUGUUGACUCAAUCUUAUUGAGAGAGCUUCCACCUGUGGACGAUAGUGAUGCUCGGCUUGCUCUCAAAAGACUGGUCGAUAUUAGCAUGGGAGUUAUUACUCCUUUGUCUGAGCAGCUGACAAAGCCAUUACCCAAUGCUAUGGCUCUUGUAAAUCUUAAGGAAUUAUCAACUGGUGCUCACAAGCUUUUGCCAGAAGGCACGCGCUUGGUUGUGUCUUUACGAGGCGAUGAGUCUUAUGAAGAACUGGAAAUCCUCAAAGAGAUAGAUGUUACAAUGAUUCUUCAUGAUCUACCAAACACAGAAGAUAAAAUUGGUAGAGUGCAUGCAGCAAGAAGGUUAUUUGAGUAUCUUUCAGAGAAUGCUUUGAAUUUCCCUGUAAUUCACCAUAUUCAAUUCUCCAAUGCAAUUCAUAGGGAUGACUUGGUCAUUGGCGCUGGUACAAAUGCUGGAGCCCUUUUAGUAGAUGGUCUGGGAGAUGGUAUUCUACUAGAAGCACCUGAUCAGGAUUUCGAUUUUCUGAGGAAUACCUCUUUCAACUUACUACAAGGUUGCAGAAUGAGAAAUACAAAAACGGAGUAUGUCUCAUGCCCAUCCUGUGGUAGAACAUUGUUCGAUCUUCAAGAAAUAAGUGCAGAAAUACGAGAAAAGACAUCUCAUUUACCUGGUGUCUCGAUUGCAAUCAUGGGUUGCAUUGUAAAUGGACCUGGGGAGAUGGCUGAUGCAGAUUUUGGGUAUGUUGGCGGUGCUCCCGGAAAGAUCGACUUAUAUGUUGGAAAGACUGUUGUAAAGCGAGGAAUCGCAAUGGAGGGAGCCACAGACGCGUUGAUCCAACUAAUCAAAGACCACGGCCGGUGGGUAGAUCCUUCAACAGAAGAGUAAGGUCAUUUAAUUAAUAGACUGAUACAAAAGAAAGAGGCAGUGAAAUCCUGAGGAGUUGAUAGCUGCUGCAUCUUGUAGAAAUAUUUCAAUGUAUGUGAACUUCAAGUUCCAUUAGAAUUUUUACAUUUUUAUAUUAUGAUACAAAUAACAGAGUAAUUCCUUUACCACCAAUAAAGAAAUUCAAAAAUUCGUAAA